CAAGCUGCAGGAUGGUGUUACUUCACUCCAGUCUCCUCCAUGAGGCUGACUGUUGACUGGCACAGCCCCGUGCACUGGCCCCUGUAAGGAUGUACGGGGAUGGGGAGGGCACCGUGUGGGACCUGGUCGGGCGACCCCACCGGGACUGUAUGUGCUACCUUGGACCUCCGACUAACUUGAUGCCGAUCGGGAUGCGCAAAUCGCCCGAAGUGAGCCCCAGAAGGCUUUCUGACAUCAGCCCUCAGCUCAGACAGCUCAAGUACCUCGUGGUGGACGAGGCCAUCAAAGAGGACCUCAAGUCUUCCCGCUCAGUUGAGGACAUCAACAGCGCAUCCAUAGAGGAGCGAAUACUGCGAAUCACUGGCUACUACGGCUAUCAACCUUGGAGUGCCAGCUACAAGAGGGAAGACCGGCCCAGGGAGCAUGCGGCCCACGGCGGCCAAGACGCGCAGUCGGCGGCGGGUGCGACGGGACCAGAGUCAGGCUCCAACAAGCGAAGGCUGCACUGCUGCAUCCGAAUAACGGCGGUGCAGGUGCGGAAGGCCCUGUGGGGAGUCGCCAUGGUGAUGUGCGUUUGCUCGUCGUGGGCAGGCUCCACACAGCUGGCCAAGUUGACUUUUAAGCACUUUGAUGGCCCUUUCACCCUCACCUGGUUCGCCACCACCUGGAACUGCCUCUUCUUCCCGCUCUACUACAUCGGUCACCUAUGCAAGAGUCCGGAGAGGCAAACGGCCAGACAGAGAUUAAGGGAGUGUUGUCGCUUUUUUGGGGACGAUGGGCUGAACCCCAAGGUGUUUUUCACCAAGGUGGCCCCAUUCGGCCUGCUGUGGAUCCUUACCAACUACUUGUACCUGCAGGCCCUCAGGAAGAUCAACACGACGGACGCGUCGGCACUCUUCUGUUGUAACAAGGCCUUCGUCUUCCUGCUCUCUUGGAUUGUACUGCGAGACCGCUUCAUGGGGGUCAGGGUGAGUUCACGGAUCACAUCUGCAGCAGGAAGACAAGAUGAUAUGUUUAUAGUUGCUGCCAUCUUGGCCAUAGCAGGCAUCGUCAUGAUGACCUACGCUGAUGGCUUCCACAGCCACUCAGUCAUUGGCAUCACGCUGGUCGUUACCUCAGCUUCCAUGUCUGCACUAUACAAGGUGCUCUUCAAGAUGGUACUGGGCAGUGCCAAAUUCGGGGAAGCUGCGCUCUUCCUGACCAUUGUUGGAGGCGCCAACUUUGUGUGUAUGAGCAUUGUGCCAGUCAUCUUAUAUUUUACACGAGUGGAGUACAUUGGAUCAAUAGGUGACAUCCCUUGGGGGUACCUGUGUGGGGUCGCAGGCCUUCUUUUGGGUAUGCAAAAAACAUCACUGACGUUGUGGUCUACAGUGCUACUGUCUUUGCUAUGUACAGUAAGUGUUGCUGAUAUAACUGUGCUUCUUCACACAGCUUUCAAUGUCCUGGUCAACUUUGGCAUUGCUAUUACAUACCCAACAUUAAUCUCCCUUGGCAUCGUCUUAAGUGUUCCUGUCAAUGCUAAGGAAGUGAAUAAAGUUCAUAUGACAAAAUUGGUGGACCUCUACACGUGUGAGAUCCAUUUCAACACGGUGCGCCUCAUCGCCGUCUCCAUCAUUUGCCUGGGCUUCCUCAUGCUGCUCCUUCCAGAGGACUGGGACCAGUGCAUAAUCCAGCUCAGCACCAGGCUACGUAAACGUGACGAGCCCACAGAGGGCGGCGUGGAGGCAGGGGCUGCCACAGGACUGAACUGGAGAGGCCGGGCAAGGACCUCCAUGUCCACAUUUGUACGCUGACUCAGAAGCAAGGCCCAUGUGAUCUUAGAUUCAGACGCAGCCUCCUUAGAUGUGAACUCUCGUAUGAGACCAAGAACAGAGGUAGAUUGUCAGUCAUCAUUGAGUUGGUGCAUGGAUCAGUUGUAACUUUUCUUUACCCAAAUUAUGAGCACGUAUUGCAGACAAAGUGAAGACAAAAUGUUGUUCCAUCGGUUCACCACAUCCUUAACUUGCCUAAGGAAACAUUUUUGGGGGGAAGGUUGACGUACCAUGUAGGCUUAAUCGCUUUAAAACAAUACACUGAAUACACAAAUUACAAAUGCUGAAUUGCUGCAAAUAAACGAGAGGUCUUUAGCGGCAUCCCUCAGGUGUAAAGACGACAGAAACCUUCCUCCUGUGCACUGUACAUAGCAGCUUGGAGUUCACACCUGCCGACCCCAGGUGCUCAUAUGGCGUGGACGGGCCUGUCAGUGUGAGCUCAAGAUGCUUUUACCACACUUCUCUCCAUCCCAAGCCUUCUUUGGACCACUCUGAUUGGCAGCCUUGCAGUCACGUGCUCUCCUUGGGUUAAAGUGGAGGACAAUAAUGAUUUUGUCACGAUAGCCCUGGAAAAAAAUACAAUGCAUGAUGAGCUUGGAUUGUCAUGAAAUAAGACUACUUUUAAAGGCGGUUGUAGUAUGCCCACCAUGGGUGGCAUGAAAUCAAUUAGCAGCUCUAAAGGCAAAUAUAGGAAGACUUUUCCUUUUAAUCACUGUGAGCAGAAAAUACACUGAGCCUCCCUCAUAACCUGUCAAUUUUCACUAAACUGCUUUUUUGUUGUUUUUUUCAGCAAAAACAUGUAGUUAAAAGAAACUGAAACUUGAUGUGCAUUCACAUUAGGUCCACCUGCACAAAUUAUAUAGAAUACGGAGUUGUAUAAUAACAUUGUCAGUUUUGAUUGACAGUGUUGGUGAGGUAUUCAAUUAGAAAUAUGUUGAUUUUUGUCUUUGUGUUUUGCAGUGGUGUACCACUCCACUGGAUCACACAGCAGUUUUUAAUAUUUUGGCUAAGCACCUAUCGGUAUGUUGUGGUACAAUAGUACACUAGAACAAUAAUAAACACAGUUAAAUAAAUGCCUCUAUGAACGCAUCAAUCCAAACUGAGUAUUAUUUGGUAUACUGAAGUGGUUGCAGUGUUAAUUUACUCAACUGCAGAGAGUGCCAGGUGUACAGCAAUUACUAUAUCGGAGGCCAGUGUUUGAGGAAAUUUACUUGUACUGUCAUUCGAUCCUGCAGUGAAGAGGCCGUAUUCCAAAACAAGCCUACUGUCUUAUGUUGAAUGACAUCUGAGGUACAUGAAACGAGAUACAGUAUAUACCUGAGCUUUGAAUGAAGAGCCACUGGUGGAAACUUUGCCUUGUUGUGAAUGUAUGACCACUACUACGUGCUAUCUGCUUUUUACUGUGCCACCAGACUUCUUGUAGACUGUUUUUGUACAAGUACUCAUCCGUUGCAUUUUUUUUUUCAGUUCUGACAGAUCGUAGCGUACCUUUCAUAUGCUUAGCAUCACUGCUGAUGAGCCAAUAAGGAGAAGCAGACGAUGACAUCACAUACAGCAGACAAGUACUUUUCACUGUUUUCCAUUGUCAUUCUCUAUGACAAUAAACAGUAGUUAUAUUGUAUUCCUCUGGAAUUAUCGCUAGACAUAAAUGUAAACCUUUGUAAGGAAUGAUGAUUUUAUACACUGAGAUGCAAAAUAUAACAAUUGAGGAAAAAGGGGUGUGUGAGUAACAAAUGACGGUGGGGUAUUGGAAAAUAUAUUCACAUGUAUCUCAUAAAAAGAUUCCUUUUCAAAACAGCCAUCGUCCAGGUUUGCUUUUUUUGCUUGACAAACGUGUUUAAAAUGUUUUAUGGAAGUGUUUCAGUGAGAAAACGACAAGUCUAUAAACCACCAAGAGAGGGAUGAAUGUUUUGUUCAUUUGGUGCUCAAGAGAACGUGUCCAAAAUCUUAGCAGUAACUCCUCGUGUAUCGCUGUUAAUUGGUUCCAGAUUUGACCGUGAAUUUCCGUGAAGGAUUACUUAUUAUAUAUGGACUAUUUUUGCAGCUAGAGCCCUCCAUACAUUAAAUAACACCCCAUCAUCACCUUUACACUCGUAUUACUAGGCCUGUCACAAUAACAAAAAUUGUCCUACAAGUUAUUGCCUAUAAAUGAUUUUUUCACUAAUGUAAUAAUAUAGGGUAUAAUAAUGUAAGUACUUUAAUUGCUCAAGAGUAUUUAACAUUGUAAUUGGAAUGUCAAGAGCUUUUAAAUAAAAUCAACCAAAAAAGAAGAAAAAAAAGAAAACAAUGAAAAGAAAAUGGACAUAAAAUGGAAAUAUCCAUUGUGCAGUCGUUCAUCCCAAAAAUGUUUGAUGGGGGUGAGGUCAGGUUUUCACCAAACUGAUGCAAGCCUAAGUAUGUUUUGUGUACCGGAAGCAGUCAUGCACGAACUGUUCCCACAAAGUUGGAAGCAUAGAAUGUUGAAGGCGAGAUGAGGAAAUAUGAUUCAGAGAAAACUAAGGGGUCUUGUACAACCCCUGAUUGGCUAAUUGAUUACAGCUGCGCCCUUUUGGGACUUUUGGCCAUUAUCUAUAUGGCAAUACGUUUUUCAAACAUCAUGUUCCACUGUUACUGUAAUCUGACCAUAGACAAAAGUGGCCCUUGGCGCCAUUGUCACAGCAGAGAAUGGUAGUCUGCUGCCCUCUUGUGGCCUACAGGGGACCUGCAGGUAAUCCACCCUCCUACCGCGACAGGGCUCCUCCUGCCACAUGGAGCAGGAUGUAGAGGCAUCUUUAUGGAGACACACUUUGUGUAGACUUGCACUGGAAUGAUGCUUAAAGUCAGCACUGAUGGUAAAAACUGGAGCGCAAAACUGGGAGUUGUCCAAGUUGGAAGCUGGUCCAGGAAUGGGGGCGGUCAGGGUGCAGGGUUCGCUGAUUCUACAGUCAUCUACCUCACCCCUCCCGCUCCCCAGACGGGCCUUCACCUUCUGCCUCAGCCCAUGCAGAGCCACCUGGAAACGCUUACUGAGCAGAGCGUAAAGCAGCGGGUUGAAGUCGGAGUUGAGCAGCACUAGAAAGUAGGAGAUGGUUACAGCAGA